GCAUACCGCCGUGUGUGCGGGUGCUCGCGGCGGUGCAUGCUUGCGUGGGCGCGGUUGUGCGCGCGUUCGUACUUGCGUGUGUGCAUCUGCGUGCUUGUGGCCCGUCUGGGUGUGGGUGUGUGGGUGUGGGUGCGGGUGGGUGGGUGCCGGUGCGGGUGGGGUUGCUUGUUGGUGUGCGUGUGUGUGGGGUGGGGGGGUGUUGAGAUUGCCACACACACACACACACACACACACAGACAGACAGACACAUACACACACACACACACACACACACAGAGGGAGAGAGAGAGAGAGAGAGAGAGAGAGAGAGAGAGAGAGACGUGGGGAAAGGGAAAGCAUGCGUAGUGUUCUGCUCUAGAUUGAUGUCGGAAGCCGCCAAAAGUCGAACCUUGUUUUUUUCGCCGAAGAAGCGGCGAACAGCUCUGCGGGAAAGAGGACGGUGAAGUUGUGCCAAGGUGGCAGUCGGCAAAGGAGGCGAAAAGUACUGGAGCAGUGUGACGCAGCUCUGUGGUAUGGGUCGGCCACUCUUGAUGAACGGAUAGCCGAUACUCUGCAGACUCUUCCUGCAUCUCGUUUAGAGGCCACCUCUGUCAAAGUCUCUUGAUAUCGACCGAUGGCGCUCUCUCUGCGACAGAAGCAGAUUGAUGCAGUGAUACGCAUGCUCAACCUGAAUGUGCCCGUUGCGAGUUCGGUUGUUGGCACUGCUGCAGAAGAGGAGGUCUACAAAAUCCUGAUUUUAGAUCGGUUUUGUCGGGACAUCAUCUCCCCCCUCCUCAAAGUGAACGAGCUGAGGAAGCAUGGUGUCACGCUGCAUUUCAUGAUCGAAAGUGAUAGGCAGAACAUUCCGGAUGUGCCUGCAGUUUACUUGGUUCAGCCAACGGAGGCCAACAUUCAGAGGAUCGUUCAGGAUUCGUCUAGGGGUGUCUAUGAUGCUCUACAUCUCAAUUUUGCCUCUUCUUUGCCGCGGCCCCUCUUGGAGGAGCUUGCCACAGGCGCACUUAAAGCGGACUGCCUGCAGCGAAUCGUGAAAGUGUAUGACCAGUACCUUGACUUCAUCACGCUGGAGCAUGGGAUGUUUUCACUCGCGCAGCCACACACGUAUGUGAAAUUGAACGAGCCUCCGGAAUCGGAGAAGGACGUCUUCGAUGCUAUCGAUGCGAUCGUGAGUGGGUUGUUUUCCGUUCUCGUCACUUUGGGUGUGGUUCCCAUUAUCAGGUGUCCGAAAGGCGGGGGCCCUGCGGAAAUGGUAGCAUUGCGCCUCGAGACGAAGUUGCGCGAUCACCUUGUGUCGCGGAACAACCUCUUUUCGGAGGCAUCGCAGUUGUCGAGCACCUUUCAGCGCCCGCUUCUUUGCAUAUUUGACAGGAACUUUGAUCUGGCGGUGGCAGUGCAGCAUGUGUGGACGUAUCGCCCUCUCGUUCACGAUGUCCUCGGAUUGAGGUUGAACCGGGUUGUGGUUCAAUCGGAAACCGCGGGGGGCGUUCCUCCGCCGAUGCGUGCUGUUGUUGGGGCAGGUAAGUCGCAAAAGUCGUACGAGCUCGACGAUACGGAUCCGUUCUGGACUGCGAACAGCGCAUCGCCGUUUCCUCGCGUUGCAGAACAGGUGGAGGAGCAGCUUAACGAGUACAAGAGAGACGUCGAGGAGGUGAGCAGGAAAGCAACUGGUGAAGGCGAGGCAGAGGACGGCGAGCUGACGGGAAAUGAGCUCGUUGGAGGAAACACAAAGAACCUCAUGAAUGCUGUCAACUCGCUCCCGGAGCUGACGGAACGGAAAAGGAUCAUCGACAAACACACGAACAUCGCAACGGCUUUGCUUGGAGAGAUCAAGGCCCGGGCAUUGGACGAGUAUUGCUUGACGGAGGAAGAUCUGCUGACCCGUGGGACAUCGGAUCGCGGAGCGGUGAUUAGCAAAAUGAAGGGGAAGGGGACGGUGGAGGACAAACUUCGUCUCGCCGUGGUUUACCUCCUGGCUGUCGAGAAUCCGCCGCCGUCUGACCUAGAAGCCAUUGAAGCGGCGUUGCAGGAGAUUGAAGCAGAUCUUGCGCCGCUCUACUACAUCAAGAAGAUGAGAUCGUGGAAUUCGUCGUUGGCCGCCGCCAAUGCGGGAAGCCGUGGUAACCUCCUUGAUUGGGCGGACAAGCUGUACGGUCACGGCAUUAGCGCUGUCACAGCAGGGGUAAAAAAUCUGCUGUCGGGUGCAAGACAGCUGCCUCUUGCAAGGGCUGUCGAGUCUCUGAUGGAUGCAAAACCCUCACCUGAUACGGACUCCUACUUGUUUCUCGAUCCUCGGGCUCCACGAGGAGCCACAGGUAGUGCUAUGGAUGCUCCGGGAAGGUCCAGGGGCCCAUUUAGGGAAGCCAUUGUCUUCAUGAUUGGAGGGGGUAAUUACUUGGAGUACGGGAGUUUGGUAGACUAUGCUGGGAGACAGCAACCGGCAAAGAACAUCAUUUAUGGUGCAACAGAGAUUUUGUCAGGAGCACAGUUUGUGGCUCAGCUUUCUGAAGUUGGGAAAAAGAUGGGAGCAGGUGGGAAUCCGGGGUCUGCACCGGGAUCUGGAACAGCAACUGCAUAGUCCUUUUGACUCCUUUUCAUCCUUUUUGCAUCAUCGUCUUCCUUCUCAUUUCCCCGACGAUGUUGUGCCUCAUGAUGCGUCUGAUCUUCUUUUUCUCUCUCCCAAGUUUCAGUUGGACACCCCUGUGUUGCCCCCCCCCCCUCCCUCGUCUCCGAUUCUGAGCAUGACCUGCUCGUCUUGAGCACAUGCUUCCUCUCCCCCGCCUUUCCCUCUUUUUUCUCAGGUUUCGAACGCCUUUGCAAUUUCCCGUCUGGUUUCGCACGCUUUUGUGUUUGCCUUCACUCCAGCAAAUUCAUCGAUUUCCACACACCUACCAUCAGCUGAAAGCUUUGCCGUUCUCCCAAACAUAUUUUAUCAUUUAAUGGAUAGAACGCGGUGGCACAUUUU